GCUGACGUGGAGUUUUCGGUCGAUUUAGUGAUUUUUGUCGACAACUCUGAUCCGUACGCUCAAGAUUUGGAGGCCGCCCUGACGGAGUCCGAGGCCGCGAUUCUAGCUGCGAAUUCACAAAGCGUGGGCUGGGAUGGGCCGCCACAGUUAUCCUCCGGGGAGCGAAGCGAGAACCAGGGCCUCGAAACACUUUCAACCCUUGCGACGCACGAUCACCUGCCGUACCCUGCACUGGUAGUUGACCAGAAACCUGUUUCAUCUGCCGAAAGUGUCACCCCAACCCCGUUCAGUACUAUCCCGACUUCGAUGCCGGCACCUCAUCACCCAAACCAGAUACCGAGGUCGAUAUCUGCCCAGAUUUCCCCACCCGUUUCGAUCAACUCCGAUAAUGGCAAUAAUACCAACAUUCAUUUCUUGCUGAACCCGUCGCAAUCCAUUUCACCACCUAUUGAUCCAACCAUUCAGCGCACCCCAGAUUCGAGAGGAUCCCCGCUGGCGCUUAGAUCCACCGAAAACAACAUUGAUGGGCCCGUAGAGACGGAUUAUGAGAUAACGUUUCUCUUGAGGCAUUUUUCGGAGGUUCCUGGCCCCUGGAUGGACCUGUACGACUUUGGGACGUAUUUUGCGUCACAGGUACCCGUAAAAGCGCUUCGUAAUCCGUUGCUGAAGUUUUCCGCUUGCGCACAGGCUGCGAAGCAGCUAGGGCACGUCAAUGUAGCAAGAUCUGUUGGUGUUCGCCUCAGCCGAGCUUUCCCAGGAGUGCAGAAGGAUUCAAAGAACAUUGACUGGUGUUGGAGAGGGGCCAAGUAUUAUGAAAAGGCCAUCCAGCUUUUGAUGAAGGAGCUGCAACCCGGCCCUGGGAACCCUGAUAUGCUCGGACCGACCCAGGGGAAUAAAAUGAACGAGGAUACUGAUGACCAGCGCGCGAGAAGCUACACCGAAUAUAGGCUCUCCCAUGGGGUCCGCUCUGAUGAAAUUCUUGCCGCCACUGCUAUUCUGUCAGUAUAUGAAUUGCUCGAUGCCACCGGCCCGGCAUGGAACCGUCAUUUGAGUGGUGUCAAAUCGCUGUUAGAUUUGGCUGAGGUUGGGAUGCGCCCACUUCAGCGUCCACCGCCGGGAGACCUCUCCUUGCAGCCAAAGCGGCCGAGUCUUUCGAAAGCUAGAAAGGCAACUUUCUGGAACUUUGCUCGGCAAGAUUAUUUAGCAGCUUUUAUAAAUGGGAGUCGCACCAGAUUGCAUACCGAGGAUUUAGCUUUGUGGACGGAAGCAGGGCUUCAGAUCGAUAGCCUAGGGUUUGUUUGCGCCAGUACUGCGAAUGCGGGUAGGCGCCCGGGAGAGGAAGUCAUGAAGGAGGACACCAUAUCAAAUGCGUUGGUCUGGAUUAUUUCGAAGAUCAUCAAUUUCAUAAACCCGAGCAACAAUGCGCAAGUCAACUCUUCUGGUGCCGUCAAUGCGAGCCCCUUGGGUCUCCCUCAACAGGUUUCGUUGGAACGAUGGUACCGUCUUGAAGCCGAGCUUGAUAUGUGGUACAAAGGCCUUCCAGAGACAUUCCAUCCUUGUGCUCGUAUUGGUCUUCCUGAGCCUGCGAAUCAGAGCGAUGGCUUUACCGAUGAUGCGUCAUCGUUGUCUGAGAUAUGGUAUAGCAUACCAAUGUGCUCGUCCGCCAUGCAGCACUACCAUAUGGGUCGUAUAUUGCUCCAUAUCCACAAGCCUCCCCAGCCUAGCGGUACAACGAAUCCGAUAACCAACAGAUACAACACGACCGACAUCCAGUCUCACAGCCGUGAGAUCGUAGGCAUCGCCAUGGGCUGCCCCGCAGGCUCCGUCCGAAUCAAUUCACUCCAACCACUGUUUGUCAGUGGCCAAUGUCUGACUGAUCCUAGUGAGCGAAGGAUGGUUCUGCGCCUACUACAAGACAUUGAAGUAGACCUGGGCUGGGCAACCGAGUACCGCGUCAAGCAACUGCUUAGGGAGUGGGGUUGGGACGAAAACACCAAGGUCGCGGGUGUUUCUUGA